UCAAGACAAUAGUGUUUUUUUUUCUUCAAAAAUAAAACGACUUUCUUUUGCAGACCAUUUAAGUUAAAUAAACAUUUGACAAAAUGCUAUUUUUAUUACUGUGGUGAAAAUAAUUUGAGAAUUUUUACGAUUUUCUUUUAAUAUUUAAGUUAAUAAAUGUAAUCGGAUGACAUAUUUCAACUAAGAACUGAAUUAGAAGUGAUACCGAAUUAAUUCAUUAAAUACGUUAUAAAUUUACGAUUAAUUAUAUUUUACUUCAGUGUAAGAGAGAUGCGGUGUAUAGCAGGCUAAUUAUUGCAACAGUUUUUGAAAUCGACUCAGCUAAUUCACUACUACUGUGUUCAAAUAACUUUCUCAUCAAUGAAUGCCGGAGAUAUUUUCUAAUAGCAGCGUUUUUUUACUCUUGUUCGUGCGAGCUGUAAAAAUGCCGAGGCUUUCGCUAAGUAUUGAGAAAUAGUAUUUUCAUAUAGUUAUAACGACUAUGAUUAAUUUAAAAAAGGACACGAGAGUAUAACGUAUGCAAAUUAUUUCAUAGAAAAAAUGUGAUAAAACUAAAAAAUAAAUGCAACAACAAUAACAGAAAAAUAAUACAAACGAACUCAGUAUGUUUGACAAAUAUAAUAAGACAUUUAUAAUGAAUACUACUUCCAAGACUUUUAACAGAAGACAUUUCAAAUAAAUAGUUUGCGACGUUAAAUAAUUUGGAAAAGUGCAGAAGAAAUUCUGUUGAAAUGCCUUGUGGAAUUUGCGGGUACAACAAAGAACAUUCAACAAGAUGAUGAUAAUGGAAGAUCUCGAGGAGUGGGAGAAAUGGGGCGGUGAAUACGGUACGACGGCGGACCACAAAAGGUCGUCAGCAAUGCCUUCCCAGGGGUCUCUCUUUACAAAUUUUGAAGAUGUUCAGUUGACUGACGAGGAACGGGUAUACCUAAAUGCCGCUUACCUGGGUGACCUGGGUGUCCUACGGCAGUCUGUUGAGGAUGCCAAUGACUCUUCCCUCAAUGUCAACUGUCUUGACUACAUGGGGAGAAGCGCGCUUCACAUUUCCAUCGACAGUGAAAAACUGGACGUGAUUGAGGUUCUCCUUGACAACCUUAGCUUUAACUGCAUAGAGGAAUCACUUCUUCACGCAAUUAGCAAGGGUGCUACGAAAAUUGUUAAGAUUAUAACUGAACAUCCGAAUUUUAUGGCCGGUGAAGAUAGACUAAAGAGACUUGGAGUUGGUGAAGCGUUUUUCCGAACUGAAGAAAAAAGUCAAUUUUCCCCCGAUAUAACCCCUCUUAUAUUAGCUGCUCAUUAUAAUAAUCAUGAAAUUAUACAGAUGUUCCUCUCACGUAAUCAUAGAAUUGAAAAACCACAUCCAAUUUCAUGCACCUGCAACGAUUGUGUGACAAAACAGAAUUAUGAUUCACUCAAAAGAUCAAGGUCACGACUUAAUGCAUACCGAGCUCUAGCGAGUCCGGCGUAUAUGGCCCUGUCUAGCCCGGACCCAAUCAUGACAACGUUUGAGUUGCGGCAAGAAAUGAUGAAAUUGGCUGAAAUAGAAAAAGAAUUUAAGAGCGAAUACCUCAGCUUGGUUGAGAAAUGUAUGAAUUUUGCGUGUGAAUUGAUGGACCUAUGUCGUGGAACACAAGAGGUUGAGGCGGUUCUUAGUGAGGGCAGUGACUGUUGUUCUGACAAUGGCAAGCGAGAUCCACUAGCCAGGCUAAAGAUGGCUAUCCGGUAUCAGGAGAAAAAGUUUGUUGCUCAUCCGAACUGUCAGCAACAUAUGACCAGUAUAUGGUACGGUUCAGAGAUGGGCUUCCUUCAGUCAUUUAACUGGCUAAGAGAGAGUAUUUAUGCUAUCUUAUUCCUGCCAGCUAUACCAUUUCUGUGUGCAGUUUAUGUUAUUUUUCCUAAUUCAAAGCUUGGUUCCAUUAUGCGAUGUCCUGUGACAAAGUUCUUCACUCACACAACUUCCCAUAUUUGUUUCCUUAUAUUACUUGCUGUAGCCACAUUCCGGCUGUCCGAGGGUAAUGUCUCUAUACGGUCAACCAGGGACAUGAAAGACGCACAUUACUCCCAUCUUACUGAAGAAGAGAAGAUUGAGAGUUUAUUAAAGGAAACACUGAGACCAGCAAGCACCUUAUUAACACAUGUACAAAUUUGUAUUGUAUUUUGGAUAUUAGGUUUAUUGUGGAUAGAGUGUAAACAGAUAUACGGCUCAGGGGGUCUGUCUUACUUCACAAAUUACUAUAAUUUUAUGGACUACAGUGUAUUAUCAAUGUACUUGGCGUCCUACGUCCUGCGAUUCUUUACAGAAUAUGUCGUAUCAGACGCCGACACUUAUUUCAAUGGUACGAGACGGGCACGUACCCUGUUAUUGCAGGGAAAUUACUCACACUUCAACUUAUUGCUCGAUGAAAUCAAAGAUUCCAAAAAUCAUCCAAGAAACUAUUUUAUGGAAGCAUCUCGUUUCAAGUGGAAGAUGGACGACCCUGAGAUAGUUUCAGAUGUCUUGUUUGCCAUUGCUAAUGUGAUAAGCUUUGCCCGUACUACCUACCUCAUGCCGGCGUUCGAGGUACUCGGACCUCUGCAGAUAUCACUCGGCAGAAUGAUCGGUGAUAUCACUAGAUUCAUGGUGCUCUUCACACUGGUACUGUUCUCGUUCAUGGUUGGACUUCAUAAUCUGUAUUGGUAUUAUGGUACGCAGCGAAUAAAAAUGACCAUGAACGGACAUACAGUGUUCGUGUACGCAGCGGAAGCAUUCCAAGGACUAAAGCAGACCUUUUACAGUUUAUUUUGGUCAAUAUUUGGACAAGUAAGCAUUACAGAUAUUAACGUUAAACAUCCGGGUCCUGGAGGAGUUCGUCAGUGUAUGCUCAUGGAUAGUGAACGUAACAAAAUCCUUUGUACAGAUGGGCCGAUCAAAAACGGUUCCAGGGCAGUAUUCAGCGCUGGACAGGGCCCAGGAUCCGCCAUGACAGAGAGCAGUACUGACAUUGUGGAAGGGGUUGGUCUUUUUCUCUUUGGAAUUUACCAUGUGGUGAUAAUUAUCGUUCUUAUCAACAUGCUGAUUGCCAUGAUGAGUCAUUCCUUCGAAGCUAUACAAGGUGACUGUGAUGUAGAGUGGAAGUUUGCUAGAACAAAGUUAUGGAUGAAUUAUAUGGAUGACGGCAGUACUUUACCUGUUCCGUUCAACAUGAUUCCUUCUCCGAAAUCAUUCUGUUAUUUGUGGAAGUGUGCAAGAGAUUUGUGCAUAGGAAACAAAAACGGAAAAAGAGAGUACGAACGAAAAAUAAGAAAAACAUUUAUCAAGAGCACUUGGAACAAUAAUGUCAGGAUGAAUGUUUUAAUGACAGAUCAUGAAAUGGAAUCAAAUUUCAAGUCGAGUAGUGCAAGUCUUCAGAGGCGGCGAGAAACAGUUUGUAAAACACUUGAAUUGAAACCGGAUGACACCUCUUAUUCGGACAUUAUGCAGCGUCUUGUGAAGAGAUACCUGUUUAAAUUAGAAAGAGCAAAGGAUGAAACAGAGCGAUUAAAAGACAGCGCCGCAAAUCUUCAAAAUAUACGCACAGAGGAAAUUGAACUAAUUGAUGAGGACGAUGUUCCACCGCCGGUCCCUGAUACACCACGCCGGAUACAAUUUGACCGGACAUACGACGCACAACAAACCAUACCGGAAGAUCAAGAGACUGGUCAAAACAAUUUCAGAAACAACAGAGGAUCGUCAAUGCGGAAACGAAAAGGUGGAGGUCGUGGACAAGGAAGAAAAAUUUCUCACGGCGCUACACAGAUUGCAACAACUUUAGCAAUACCGCAGCUUGAUGCUAUUCAAAGACAACAAAAGCUGUUAGAUGUACGAUUACAACAUUUGCAAGCCAGUAGUAAAGAGAACAAUAGAAUUAUUGACGAUGUUGAGUUUUUACGACGCGUAAUGACUGAAAAUCAGAAAGCCAUGUUUAACAUAAUCCAUGCACUUAGUAAUAUGCAGACCGAGAUUGUGUCUCUUGUCAAGUGUUUGUCGCCUGCGGAAUCAACUCCCCCGCCCACCGCCAAUGCUCACAGUGUCACGAACUCCGUUACCAAAUCUAGUACAGCCAAAAAGCGAAUGAGUACACAGGACGAUGAGGAGAGUAGAUUUUAACAUCAGAUGUUUUUUGCUUGUUUUGAGAGAUUUAGGUUUACCAAACUUACAAUGAGGUUAAACGUUUUGUUCUAUUACUUAACUUUUAUGCUUUAUUUCUUAUUAUCUCAUUACCAACUGAAAAUAACUUUCCUCGUAAAAUAUCGACAAAUCUUCGACAAAUAUUAUUACUUGUGUAUGCGUUUUUUAUCAUUUUAACAUACAAAAAUAAGAUAUAUAUAAUGUAACGUUCUUCUUUUUUGUUGUUAGUUACUGAUUUUGAAAAAUGUUGCAUAACACAUACAUGUAGCUGCGUUAAACCCAAGUCUGGAUUAUAGUGGAAAUAAAUAUUUUUUCUUUCUUUUUUAUGUUUGCGUAUCGUAAAGAACUUAGUUAUUCAGACAUAAAUGCUUCCACCUUGAAAGAUUCCCUGUAUUUUAAUGCGUUGCUACGUUUGCUUUUCUAUGAUAUAAACACUUUUUCUUACUUACGCCGCAGAUUUAAAACUACAAAAUCAUUCAAUACGAUAUUUAUUUUUCAUGAAUAUUUCCUUUAAAGUAAGUAAAAAUCAUGUUUCCUCAAAUGGCAACGGUACGGGUUAGAUCCAGGAAGCGAACCCAACGAAAAUCGGAAGUAUUCUCUGAAAUUUGCAUAUAACACUGUCCUAUGUUUCAUAUAAGGCAUUUGUUAAGAACGGAAAAAAUGCUUGAUAAACUAAUGAAUACACGUGUUAACAAUAUACACUUCAAUCAAAUUAGAAUCAAAUUUUAAUCUCUUUUUUCUUGCCUCAUCUUUGUUAAUUGGAACUUUUGAAUAUAACAUGUUUCAGCUAAAACGAAGCGCAAAGUAUUAUGUCAGUAUCACUUCUUUGAAAUACCAUCGUCGUGAAAUAACACAGAUUAUUAUGGAAUUGGUAUAAAGUCGUGAAAAGACUUUAAAUGAAUUGAGCCGCGUCACGACAAAACCAACAUAAUGGGUUUGCGACCAGCAUGGAUUCAGACCAGCCUGCGCGUCCGCGCAGUCUGAUCAGGAUCCACGCUGUUCGCUAUCAGUUUCUUUACUUGUUAUAGGACGCGCAGGCUGGUCUGGAUCCAUGCUGGUCGCAAACCCAUUAUGUUGGUUUUGUCGUGACACGGCUCAAUUUUCAUUAUGUUUAAUUUCAUUGAACAUUUUAGUAAAAUUCAGUGGUAUUAUAUUGUCUUAUAACUGAGGUUAUUUAAUGUUUUGUUGCAAAGAACGUAAAACAACAAAGUCAACAAUGCCUUUAUUUAGUCUGUUAAGUUUAUUUGUUAAAACAGGUUUUAUUAUAAUUUAUUGUACAAUAAAAUUUAUUACUGCUUCAAA